GUUACAUCAUAACUGCUCUUGCAGAAACCCUUUCUACAUGACUUGUUAGUUUGCUUUGACUGCGAAUAUAAGACAGAGACAGUAUAACAGCAAGUUGUGCAACAAGUCAUCACACUCCCAUUUCAGAAGUGAUUUGAUCUCAUAAACCGCUUUUCUCACCUGAAAGCAUGUUACGUACCAAUGACAGAGGACAUCGCGAACUAUGCUAUGAUAAGCAGCACCUCAAGCUUGACCAGCUCAAAAGCAUGCGAAUACAGAAUGACUACCUCUAUAGAACAAUCCCAGAUUACCCUAGAGAUGUGGAAUUUCAAGUGUCGUACCUUAGGCACAACACUAACCUCCAAGGAUUUCUUGGCAUCUGGGAUUCUGAGGGAUUUAAAAAGCCGAAUCGCAGCCACUCACCAAAGCACGAUCUGGUAUGGUGGAGCCCAGACAUUUCCAGUGAUGAUAUUAAUCAAGCCGAGAGCCGAUACCUGGAUGACCAACAGACCGACGCAGAAAAGCCUUUCCUGCACAAGUUCACCACUUCCCCUGCCUUUCUGUCAUCCUCUCGAAUGGGGAACUUCCGUUUCAGCAUGUCAAUCCAUGAGUUGUUGAGAAGGUACAAAGAGCAUUUCUGUGCAGGCCAGGAUCCCAACAUUCGCAUUUUUGAGACGGUGGUCUAUAAGCAGGAAGUGAUGUAUUCUGUUGUGGUUCAUGCGCCUCAUGCACGCAAGCUGUUCUCUGAGUAUCCCCUGCUCGAGGAUACGCAGGAUGCAGUUUGCAGUUUCUGGGAAGACACCAUUAUCUGGCGUUCGCAAGCGAUGAGUAAAACACACCGCUUCAGGCUGUCUCGUAACAUGAAAGCUAUUCGGAUACCUACAAAAUUCAGAAAAGACUACAUGUGGGAUAACCUCGGAGUGGCAUUCCAUGUUCCACAUGGAGAAAUUUUCCCAUUCGGCAAGAAAAUUCUGGCUAAGAGUCUCAGGCUUUGUGAGGGAGCUCAGCCAAAACUUAACACAGAAGAGUUUGUGAAGUGUGAGUUUGAUUCCAUCAGGCUUUAAAGUAAAUAUGCCAGAGUGUUAAUUACCUGCAGCCAGUAUUUGUAGGUAAUAAGAGCGAUAAAAUGAGAAGUGUAAUCACGUAUGUAGACGUAUAAAAGAUAUGUAGGGGAAGUAUCUGUUUUUAACCUGCUUGUUUUCUAUUUUGAAAAUGUAUUUUUCUAUACGGCAUUAAUAAAGCACUGAUGCUAAAAAAAAGGA